UAUACUUUUGAUGUUUGGGCAGUGGCGAGUUAUUAAUUAAAACCACAGCCCAAAACGGUGGAGCAUCAUCGUCUUCACGCAUCAGUGUUCCCAAUCCCACUAGACAUAUCAAAUAAACUCAAAUUUAAAUUCCACUUCUGCUUCCAAUGGCGAAUUUCAGAAAAGCUGCCAUCAACGUCUUCAGAGUCAUCAAUUCCAACAAAGCCACCGUCGCUGCCUCCACAAACCCCCUUCAGACUCUCAGGCCUCUUUUUUCUUAUUCCAUCUUUACCCCUUUCUCGUCCCACUCUCAAACUCAAUCCCUGCAAAUCGAUUUGUCUAACGAAGAAAGCAAAAGACGCCUGUUUAAUCGGCUGGUAUAUAGAAGCAAACAACGAGGGUUCCUGGAACUCGAUUUGGUACUAGGGAAAUGGGUUGAGGACAACAUUCACUCCUUGGAUGAAAAUCGAAUGAGGGAUCUCAUUUAUGUUCUCGACCUGGAGAAUCCAGAUUUAUGGAAGUGGAUAUCAGGGCAGGAACAACCCCCAGAAUCAGUUAGUGCAAACCCGGUCUUUGCUGCAGUGAAGGAAAGAGUUAUGAAAAACCUUGAUAGCCAUUCUGCUCCUGAAGCAAGAGCAACACCUGGCCAACCAUGGGUAAGAGGCUGGGAUGAUAUUAAGAAAGGGCGAGAUGGUCCUGUUUCUGGAAAUCAGUAGGUUGACAUUGAAUGAUCUUAUCAUAUGUUUCAAUGAACGAAAUCUGGUCCACCAUUUUGUAAUUAUAAAUAACUAAAUAAGGGCUGGGGAACUGCAACUUAAAAGGUUUGUAUUAGCUGCUAGAAAUCAGUAAAAGGGGUCUAAACUGGAUGUGAGUUAUGACUUUCUUGGAAUGUUCCCUCUUCAUCUGUUUUAUAUCUAUUAAGUAUAGAUAUCAUUUAUGUGGUGUUAA